AUGAUGAUGCAGAGCUUGAUACGGCGGUGUCUGGGGAGGUCGCCCAUGCCUAGGAGGAUGGCCACGAGCUUGUGCCAGAAGAGGACACUUGCUACGUCUGGAUUGAGUAUUCGAUGGGGAUCUGAAGAGUUGCAGCCUGUGCUUUACAAUGGCACCAUUCCCGAGCACUUUGCUUCAGUCGUCUCUGCUCACGGCGAUCGUGAAGCUGUCAUUGCUCGAUCGCCAUCUCCAGCGGCGAUUGAGUCGACUCUCACAUAUUAUGCUCUGGACUCGCUUUCCAAUGGCUUGGCUCACUCUCUCGCUUCACUCGGCGUGAAAAAAGGCGAUCGAGUCGCCAUCUCUCUUGGCAAUGGACCUGAAUUCGCUGCCCUCACUUACGCAUGCUUCAAGCUCGGCGCCAUCCUUGUGCCAUUGAACCCAGGCUUCAAUGAGCGUCAAGUUGUUGCCGCGUUGAAGCAUCUCGCCGUUGAGACGCUCGUCAUGGGUGCUGUUACGGAUCUUGCGUAUAAACCUGGCAAGGGUCGUUCCAACGAACAUCUUUUGCAGAGCGUCGUGGGCGAUCUUCAGUCUUCUAUCAUUCAGAGCGAGGCUGUGCCCUCUCUGCGAAAGGUAGUGGUCGUUGAUAACCUCAAGAGCCACCCAGGUGUCAAGUUCGAUCUCAAGGCGAGCAGAGCUCUCACUCCUUACUCAUCUCUAUUUGAUGGCUCGGUGAAGCCAGUUAUACCGAGUUCGCCCCUGGAUCCUAACGAUACUAUCAACAUUCAGUUCACAUCCGGUACGACCUCACUUCCCAAGGCGGCUAUGCUUUCACACCGUGCUAUCCUCAACAACGGUGCCUUUAUCGCCGACCGUAUGGGUCUCGUUCCCGGAGAUUUAAUUGUUGUACCUCCUCCUCUAUUUCACUGCUUCGGCUGCGUGCUGGGUUAUAUGGCGACUGCAACAACAGGCGCUGCCAUUCUCUUCCCCAGCCCGGCGUUUGACCCAGACGCAACACUACGCAUGUGCGUCGACCACGAUGCAACAGGCCUCUACGGCGUCAGCACCAUGCUUGUCGCUGUACUUGAGUCUCUCCACCGUGGUGAUGUUGUCCCCCACGCUCCCAAGAGUCUUCGCAAGGGCAUCGUUGCGGGUAGCAGUGUCCCCGAAUCUCUCAUGCGAACCCUCUACAACACCCUCGGUCUUGAAGAUCUCGUAAUCUGCUACGGCAUGACAGAGACGGCACCUGUGAGCUGCAUGACCACCCCAUCCGACCCCUUCGAGAAGCGCACAUCAUCCGUUGGCAGAGUCAUGCCACACACUGGUCUCAAGAUUGUUGAUCCUCACGAUCAUAGCCAGAUCGUGCCAGUAGGUUCACGAGGAGAGCUUGCGGCGGCUGGGUACCUCGUCAUGAAGGGGUACUACGGCGACGAGGAGCGAACGGCUGAAGUGCGCAAGCCGGAUCCUGGUGAUGGCAAGAUUUGGAUGUAUUCUGGGGAUGAGGCUGAGAUGGAUGCUGAUGGAUAUGUGCGCAUCACUGGCCGUAUCAAGGAUCUCAUUAUCCGUGGAGGAGAGAAUAUCCACCCUCUCGAAGUCGAGGACUGCCUCCUUUCUCACGAAGGUGUCCGCGAAGCCAGCGUCAUAGGUGUUCCUGACGAUCGAUACGGUGAAGCCGUCGCAGCUUUCGUUAUACCGGCAACAGGAUGGACGCCAGCCGACCACGCAGGGGCUGGUGCCCCCGUCGAAGAGGGUAUCUUGACCAGAGACGGUCUCAGAGCAUGGGUCUCCAAGCACCUGUCCAAGCACCUCGCACCCAAGUACGUCUUUUGGAUCGACGAGUAUCCCAAGACGGCUAGCGGAAAGGUGCAGAAGUUUAAGUUGAGGGAGUAUGCGAGAGAGCUACUGGGCGAUGAACAAGAGGAGAAAAAGGCAAGGUGGACAGGAGUCUAAUGCCUCUGAAUCACAUCAUGAACCAGUGAGCUGAGGAAGUAUAAGAAACAUCACGUGUCCUAGAGACGAGUCAUUGCAUUCAAACAUUGCUUCAAUAAUCAGUCAUUGCAUAACAGACCCAACGAGUAGCGUUGUCAAAGGUAUCAUUUCCAGUUC